AUGGGCCAUGGACAACAGGGUCAAGCGUGCCAUCAACAACAACGUCGAAGGGACCAUGGACAACAGGGUCUAAUGUGCCAUCAACAACAACGUCGAAUGGACCAUGGACAACAGGGUCUAAUGUGCCAUCAACAACAACGUCGAAUGGACCAUGGACAACAGGGUCUAAUGUGCCAUCAACAACAACGUCGAAGGGACCAUGGACAACUACGUCGAAUGGGCCAUGGACAACAGGGUCAAGCGUGCCACCAACAACAACGUCGAAUGGACCAUGGACAACAGGGUCUAAUGUGCCAUCAACAACAACGUCGAAGGGACCAUGGACAACAGGGUCUAAUGUGCCAUCAACAACAACGUCGAAGGGACCAUGGACAACAGGGUCAAGCGUGCCACCAACAACAACGUCGGAUGGGCCAUGGACAACGGGGUCAAAUUUGCCAUCAACAACAACGUCGAAGGGACCAUGGACAACUACGUCGAAUGGGCCAUGGACAACGGGGUCAAAUUUGCCAUCAACAACAACGUCGAAGGGACCAUGGACAACAGGGUCAAGCGUGCCACCAACAACAACGUCGAAUGGUCCAUGGACAACAGGGUCUAAUGUGCCAUCAACAACAACGUCGAAGGGACCAUGGAUAA